AUGUCAGGACGCAGUGCGUAUGUGCGCAAGAAGAUCACCGAACCAAAGGCUAAGGGCCAUAAUGGAUCGGAUGCGAAUUUUGACGAGCUGCCCACGAUAGCUCUGGGCCCAGCUAGACAGGACUCGGCCAGGGCUGGAGCUGCCAAUGGGCGCGCAGCAGCGGAGGGCGACGUGCUUUCGCUAGAGGGCAGCCAAAGCAGCGGCAGCAUCGAUGGUCGGAGACACGAUGGCGGUGCACAGCCGAAACAUCCUUUGGAUGAUUUCGCUUAUGCCCGAGCCAGGAAGCCUAUCAUCAAGGCGGAAGAUAUUUCGGGCGUAGGCAUAUCAAAGUCCGGAAUGAGGAGUAAAAUGGACCAGAGCAGUGAGAAGGUCCGCCAAGGUAUUGCAAAGGCUUUUACUUUUGGCGGCAAAAAGACCAGACUUGAGGAUGUGGGAAGGCCAUCGGAAAUCAGACCCGAGUCCUCGGCAACAGUACGGCCUGGCCAGGUACCACGGUCAGGCGAGCCUGAGCUGUCACCACUUGAGGAUCGAGAGCAACCGCACUAUCCACAUGCCAACUACGCCUCCUACGAUCUGCAGUGGGAAGCAUCUCUGGGGCCGGCCUCGCCACCCCCAGCGGCCAAACUGCCUGCAAUACCGUCAUUAGCAUCAUCGCCGCAGAUAAAGCGGUGGAUAGGGACAGGGAGACCAGUGCAGCGAUGGAACAAGCUGCGCAAGGACCCCGAACUCUGGGAUCCGAAUGGCGAUGUUUUGAUCUACCUAGGCCACAGGGGGCAGAAUCCCCGACCAAACCCAUCCUUCAGGCUCUCUUCUCAUGUAAUCGAAUCGACUGAGUCUCGGCCUCUCAUCACCAUGCUUCGCGAAGGGUCUACGGAGGACGAAAUGUCACUCUUGCCAUCACCCAGGGGCGCGCCGCCGAUGUUGUUGCCUCGGCAAAGCAGCUUGUCAGCAGCUGCCCGAGAUCAAAUGACGGGUUACAAGUCCCAAUCUGGUAAUCGCAGCGGUGGCCAGCCCACGCCUCCACUGUCCGAGGAUACGGUCCUCACCAGCACGGAUGGCCAAAUUAGUUAUGAGAUAUUUUUCUCCCCGCCUUCGAACGCCAGCAAGACGGAGCAAAUUCGAUAUAAUGUUGCCAUUCGGAACGUGUUCGCCAUACUUUACCACGCCUCUCUUGUUGGGCUGUCCCUGUAUCAGGCUCUUUCAGAUCUUCACUCGCGUAUGGAGCAAUACAUGCCUUCGGCGGAAACUGACAAUUUGAUCACCAUCAUCACUUACAUCGGUGCGCGUGGCAUCGACGAUGUUCGUAAUGAUGCAGAGACAGCCAUCAGUUUGCUGGCAUGGUGCGAAGAUCCAAAGGUUCGGUGGGAAGAGGGCUGGCGCGAGAGUUUCUUACACGUAGCCGGCAUGUACGGCAGCCUCAGAGAGCGGUCGCUGAUGGAGUCCUCACCGGAUUUCAAGAGGAUAAGCCCUAUCACUAGGGCACUACUGGAAAGGGCAAGCCUGGAGAUGCAUCUCCGAGUACAGGCUGCAGAAGAGCCACUCGCGACCUUUUCGUACGAGGACAUGUGGCCGCCAUCGCUUUCCUCCGUAUCGGUAACCUCUGGACCAAUCGUCGCGAGCCCAGCGAAGGCAUGUGCCGAUCGUUUGCAGCGAUUCUUCCUGUCUUACUACCGCACUGUAUGGGGACGUUGGCCACCUCCGCCACCCGCUGACGCCGUUACCUCUGACGAAGCAGAGGAGCCGUUGUGGCUCACAAGGACAGUCAUUCAGGCCCUGCAGAAGGACUUUGGUGCACUUUACGACUAUCUCGUCAAUCGUGACAUUGUGUGGGAUGGGUCCGAGACGCGUUCCUCACGGAAAUGGCUCAUGAUAUCAGAGAGCGGGAACAAGGCUUUUGAGGCGGAUACGGACGAUCUGCCAAUGACUGACGUCCUGAUCGAAUAUGACAACAAGCAGCGAUACCCUCACCUCCCUCACCCAUAUCCGCUCGUGCCAGAGUCGAUCCCGCCGGCGUCAGCCUUGAGCGCCAGCAACAAAGGCAGGAAGCGAAGCAAGACCGGCGAGACCGCGCCCGUGAGCAGCGGGGGCCCGCAGCGUCCAGGGGCCGUGGAGCGCCGCAUCCAGCUGGCUUACACGGAGGCGACUAAUGUCUAUAUCCUUGGCAGCGACUUCGAACAGACCGAUUUGAUCGAUGCCUUUGUGAAGUUCGAGAAAUUGGACCGAGUCGGCGAGAUCGACCCAAGCCUUGCCCGGAGGGGCCGAUGGAUCCUGAUCUACGGCAUACUGCAGACACUGGCAAGCAUCUCAGCCGAUGCGCCCAUUGUCCGGUAUUCUGAAGGGGUGGCGUACCAUCUGGGACCCCGGCUCAAAGGCGCGAGACUCCCACCUUGGGCAAAGAAGGGUAAACACGCCCCCAGCAUCCAGCCGCAAGAAGCGUCUCACGAGCUCUCGUACUGCUGGCUCGCGCCACAGGCAUGGAACAACAGCAACACUUCGGCAAGCGAGGAGGGUGGCAUCGACAGUCAGGCGUCCGACGACAACUCACCCAUCGACGCCAGGCACGGCUACUCCUUCCCACAGCCGCCACCCACACCAUCAAGCACGGGCCGCGGCAUAUUGAUGGGCUCGUCAUCGACCCAGUCCAGCCGCGCCCCCAGCGCCAGCGGGCAGCACCGCGGGUACCCCAACUACGCCGGGAGCGUGACGUCGUACGACGCGCAGAGCGACGCGGGCACGACGUCGUCGUGGCUGCACAUGUCGACCACGUCGUCCGUGACCACGGCGCCCCCGGGCGGGCGGACGAGCAAGGCGUCGUCGAGGACGGGGCUGCGCGGCGUGGCGCGCAGCACGGAGACGCUCGGGAGCCGGCGGGGCGGGGCGGCGCCGGGCGGCCACGCGUCGUCGUCGCGGCUCGACGAGAUGGAGGAGGCCGUCGCCGGCGGCAGCGAGUGGCCCAUGAGAUCGGGGCGCGACCGCGGGAAGCUUCACAUCUCCACGGGGGUGGACUCGUCGGGGCGGACGCGGCGGUCGGGCUCCCGCAAGGGUAGCUUCGGGGCGGUCAGGGAGGGCGAGGAGGACAGCGAUGACCAGGGCUGGGGGGUGAGGCGGAGGCACAGCCGGCCGCUGCUUAGCCCGAGCGAGACGAGCAGUGUUGCGCAGGCCAUUCGGGACUUUGAUGAGUUGGACGUGGACGAUAUUAUUCCUCGAUAG